AUGUCUCUUUUUUUACAAAAGCUGAAGAGUGGUGGUGUUUCCAUAGAUAAUAAUGCACCCCCGGAUAGUGCAGGUGUAAUUGUCAGAAAGCUCGAAAAAAAUUAUGUCAAUGAACCUCUAGAAAAUCUUGGUCUAACACUUAGUGAUGAUGCGGAAGUUUUGUUAGUCGCACCAUCUUCGCCAGCAGGUAUUUCGAAUAUUCCGACAAAUUAUAUGCUAUUUGAAGUCAACAAUGAGUUUAUUGAAAGCAAGGCACAUUUUGAGGAAGUGGCAAAUCGGAAUUUGAAUCUAGUGAUGCGACUGCAAUCUUUAGCAACCAUGUCGGAUCUGAUUGCAAAAAUAUUGAGGGAGGAAGAGACCCAUUCGAAGGAAGAAGUGCGACAAAUUUUGAAUUUGGAUGAGCUCGUGCGAACAACUCCUCGAUAUAAUUUUAUGUCAAACAAGCAUCCGCUGUUUCGCCGUUACACCGAGCGACUUGCUGCGAAACGCCAAGCCACUGAGUUGAUAAAGCAAAGAACUCAGGAGGCUGAAGAACAGCAACGUAGAAAAUUAAGGGAGAGAAUGCGAAAAGAGCUAGAGGCAUCGGAAGCUGAGGCACAACAGCAGGCAAAAGCAGAGUUAGAAAAGGCUUCCAAACAAGUGGAAGCUGCCCCAAAAGAGCCACCGCCGGAGGAACCUUUCCUUAAAUCGUUUGAAGAUGGAAGCUUUUUCGAGAAAAAUGAUGCGCCAGUAGAGGUGGUUGAGGAGAAAAAUGAACCUGAUGCUGAAAUGAGUCCUGAAUAUGCUUCAGAGUUGCUUGCCCUUAUAGGAGUAUCUGAAGGCACAAAGGAGGAAACUAUGCAGUGUUCUAGCGAUCGCGAGGCUCAUUAUGUUAUAUUGCCAUCAGAAGAAUAUAUUCUUAGUAACGGGGAGAGGGUAAUAUGCAGCCUAAAGAAAAGGACAGGCCCUCUUCCGCUGCCACCUCCCGGUAAGCCCCCUAGAAUAAACAAGUUCGCAAAAAAGUUGCAAACAGAGAAAGAAAAAAAUAAACUAUCGGUUCCGGAGGACAAUAAGCGAGAAUCACGAAGAGAUUCCGCGCGUGACGGUAAUCGUUCCACCACAAGGGAAAAAGACAAAUCGGGUGGCCGUAGUCAACGCGAAAAAGAUCAUGGAAAGCGUAGAAGGGAGCGACCAAGAGAUAGGAGGAGAAGGCAGCAUAGAAGGUAUGAUGAUAGCCAAGAGAAGAGCUCCAGACAUCAUCGCCGUUGAAGAUGAGAAAAAAAUAUUCCAUACUAAGGGGAUUUCCUGUACUAAAUAUUAAACUUACUCUUAAUUUAUGUUAAACAUGUAAUUGUUACGCUCUGAUUGUUUUAAUCAGAAGAAACAAAAAUAUAUAAAAA